AUGAAUGAUAAAUGGGACAGAGAUCAACGACUUGAUUUAAAUGAAUUUCGUCAACUUAUUGCACGAAAUUUAGGUUUUGGCUCGACGAAUUAUGGAGCAACCGCCAAUGACAAUGGUCAAUAUUCAUCAGGCUCUUAUGAUUCGUUAUCAUCAGCUAUGUAUGGUAAUGCAAAUGGCGGUUAUGGUAAUGGUCCUGAAUUAGUAGGAGCAACCAUAAAUGGUGCAGGUGCUGCCGCCAGUGGUGAAUCAAGCUAUGGUUCAUAUGAUCUAUCAGCAUAUACAUCAGCAGCUGGUGUUGGUGCCAAUGGUUUCGAUGCAAGUGCAUUAGCAGGUUCUGCUAGUUAUGGAUUUGAUGCAAACGGAUCGUCAGGUUCAGCAGGAUUUUCUAUUCCAUCAACACUCGAGACAAGUACUUCACAACAACAAUAUCAAGUAGCUACUAGUAAUUCUCAAAAUGUCUAUCAAGAUCCAAAUCCACAAAUUGUACGUCGUCCAGCACCAGGUGGUAGUGUAACUUACACACAAAAUAUUCGACUUCGAUUCCUUCAACCACCACCUAUUCCACCACCAGGCCCACUUAUCAUCAAAGAAGUGCGACCACCACAACCACCACUACCACCUCCACUUCGUAUUCGUCAACACGCUCCACCUCUUCCUCCACCACCUCCACUUAUCUUACGUGAACGACCACCAAUUCCACCAGCUCCUAUUGCUUCUCAAACUGUUCUUCGACAAUUGGCUGCCAUUCCUGUUCCACCUCGAUCAGUAAUUAUCGAACGUUUACCAGCAGCUCCACCUAAACCUCGUGAUAUUAUCAUUGAACGAUGGGUUCCAUAUGGACCUCAACCUAAACGAAAAACAAUUGUUCAACGUGCACCAGCAGCUCAACCAUAUCCAAGCCCACGCAAUGUCAUCAUUCAAUAUGAACCUGCUCAAGUACGUGUUAUUCGACAAUUUCAACGUCUUGGUAUUAUUCAAGGAAAUCCACAAGUCUAUGUUCAACAAUAUGGUGCAUUACUUUUGGAUGCUCAAUCGUUAAUACAACAAGCACGUACUGCUGGUGUUAUUGAAGAUAUUUCUCCACCAGGUAAUUUUGCCACUAGUCAAGGAAGUUCAACAUCAUUUAAUGCAGGAUUUGCUGGUAUAGGCGGCUCUGGAUUCGAAACAAUGAGUGGUGAUUUGGGUGGUUCGGCAUCAUCUUUUGAAUCAUUUGGUUAUAAUGGUGGUCUACAAGGAAGUGCUAGUUUUUCAGGUUUGGAAGCAACACAAGGCGCUGGUCUUGCUCAAGAUUUUUCAUCAUCAUAUGAAACAGGUUCAACAGCAUUUCAAGGUGGUAAUAUGGCAUAUGGUGGUGCCGGUGCAUCAGAAUACGAAGGUUAUAAUGGUUCAUCUGGUAAUAUUCAAAUUAACAGUAUGGAUUCAGUUGCUGCUGCGUUUCGAGCUGCAGAUAUUAAUAAGGAUGGAACACUCGAUGUUAAUGAAUUUCGGCAAUUUCUUAGUUCUCAACUUAAAUACUAG